CACGAAUGUUGUGGAAGACACACGCAAUUUUCGUUAACCAACCCAAUACACAGCCAGCCAAGCUUCUCUCUCUCCUCUCUCUCUUGUGUGUUGUGUCUCCCUCAAGAUGAAGUCAGUGGUAGCAGUGCUUGGUGUGCUGCUGUUUGCAGCCGUUACCUCCGCCCACGUGCUGGAGCUUGAGCCAGACUCCUUUGACGACAUUGUCAACGGCGACCGCUUUGUGUUUGUCAAGUUUUACGCGCCAUGGUGCGGCCACUGCAAGUCCAUGGCUCCCGCCUACGAGGAAGUUGGUGAUGCCUUCUCCCACAUUUCCGACGUCGUCAUCGCCAAGGUUGACGCUGACAAGCACCGCGAGCUUGGCUCCCGCUUUGGCGUGAGCGGCUUCCCCACCCUCAAGUACUUCCCUAAGGGCGCCACCGAACCUGAGGCGUACUCUGGCGGUCGCGGCGCUGAGGAUCUGGUACAGUUCAUCAACGAGAAGAGCGGAUUCCGCGGUCGCAUCAAGAAGCAGCCCUCCGACGUCGUCGUCCUCGACGAGUCAAACUUCGACCAGAUUGUGAUGGACGAGAACAAGGACGUUCUUGUUGAGUUUUACGCGCCGUGGUGCGGCCACUGCAAGUCGCUCGCUCCGACAUACGAGAAGGUCGGCAACGACUUCAAGAACGAGGACGACAUUGUCAUUGCCAAGAUGGACGCCGACAAGUACCGUGGCAUCCCCUCCCGGUACGACGUGACGGGCUUUCCUACGCUCAAGUGGUUCCCAAAGUCGAACAAGGACGGCGAGGACUACUCCUCUGGCCGGUCUGAGAAGGACUUUGUUGAGUUUAUCAACGAGAAGACAGGCGCCAAGCGGCUCCCUGGCGGCGCCCUCGCUGACGACGCUGGUCUCAUUUCCGUCCUGGACGAGCUCGCAAAGGCCUUCGCUGACGAGGGCGAGCGGGAGAGCGUGCUUGCCAAAGCUGAGGCCGAGGCUGCCAAGCACGACUCCAAGUAUGCGUCGUACUACGUGAAGGUGAUGAAGAAGAUUGCAGACAAGGGCAACGACUUCCCCGCCACGGAGAUUGACCGCCUCGAGCGCAUCCUCGCUGCCGGCAACGUCAAGGCCGACAAGCUCGACUCGUUCUACAUUCGCCGCAACAUCCUCAAGCAGUUCUAAAUGCGCCCCGUGCCUGCAAGCAAAUGCCAGCAAACAACAAGCACAAAAUUGCACCACGCACGCACGCACGCAUCGCUUGCAUGUGAGCGCUGCUGAUGCAAGUGCUCUGUGCACCCGCAUUUGCUGCACGAACGCGUGUCAUGCUCUGUCUUGCUCUUCCCUCCUUUCCUUCCAUCCACUCUCCCUCCCCAAGUACACACACGAACAC